AUGGGCUUACUGUCCCUCCUGUAUCUGCCCACGGGAUUCCUCUCCUUGGCAAGGGGAGGCUGCCCAUCCUUGUCAACAGAGUUGUUACUCCUGCUGCAGCCCUUGUCGGUGCUCACCUUUCAUCUGGACCUGCUCUUUGAGCAUCACCACCACCUGCCCCUGGGCCCAUCCCAGGCCCCUGCCCCUCCAGGCCCACCUCCAGCCCUGCAGCAGACUGUGCAGGCCAUGUUGCACUGGGGGGGCCGGCUGGCCCAGAGUUUCCGGGGGUCUGCUGGGGAGGCUGCUCCUGACCCUUCAGCUGCCUCAAAUGCUCCCACAUCAGGCAGCUGGUGGGAACAGUUGACACAGGCCUCUCGGGUCUAUGCCUCAGGGGGGACUCAGGGCUUCCCUCUUCCCCGGUGGGGGGGACCCAGGAAUCAUGAAACUGUAGCUGAGAGUACACAGGAGAGACCUCUGCCAGCAGAGCAAGCAGCACCAGGAAGAGGCGUGUGGCUGGGGAGACUCUUCGGCGUACCUGGAGGCCUCACAGAAGCUGAGAGUGGAGCCUUUAAAUCCAGGAGACCAUCUAGCUGGCUGCCCCCAACAGUGAGUGUGUUGGCUCUGGUGAAGCGAGGGACACCUCCUGAAACUCCUCCCGAAGAGCUUGUGGCCUCAACAGCUAGCACAGUUCAGGCCCAUAGGUAA